UAUCUUGUGUGCUUGUGUGUUCGUUCGUGAAUUCGCCUAUCGCUUCGGUAGCGAAAAAAUCUAUCAAAAAUAUUAAAAAAGAAAAAACGAGGCACACACAAAAAAUUGUGCAAAUAAAAAUAGUGUAUAUCACAAUUUUUUCUACAAUACAGAGUAGCUGUAGUCUUAUGGCGAGAAACUAAAUUAGCAGUUGAAAAAGAACCCACCAAGUUAUACACCAUCAUACGAACGACGACGACCAACGCUGCUCGAUAAAAUAUAAAAAAUAAAAAGGCACCACACCAGCAAAGCACCGAGAACAAAAGAAAAAUAUGGUUGACAUAAUAAAUAUUGACAGCAUCAUUUCACGACUCUUGGAAGUGCGUGGGGCUAGGCCAGGUAAAAAUGUUCAGUUGUCUGAGAGUGAGAUACGCGGAUUAUGCCUUAAAUCGCGUGAAAUAUUUUUGUCGCAACCUAUAUUGUUGGAGUUGGAGGCCCCACUAAAAAUAUGCGGCGAUAUUCAUGGCCAAUACUAUGAUCUGCUGCGUUUAUUCGAAUAUGGAGGAUUUCCACCCGAAUCAAAUUAUCUAUUUUUGGGUGAUUAUGUUGAUCGUGGCAAACAAUCUUUGGAAACUAUAUGCUUGCUCUUGGCCUACAAGAUAAAGUAUUCUGAAAAUUUCUUUUUGUUGCGUGGUAAUCAUGAAUGUGCCAGCAUUAAUCGUAUUUAUGGCUUCUAUGACGAAUGCAAACGUCGAUAUACAAUUAAAUUGUGGAAAACUUUUACCGAUUGCUUCAACUGUUUACCAGUAGCAGCAAUUGUCGAUGAAAAAAUAUUCUGUUGCCACGGCGGUUUAAGCCCCGACCUCUCAUCUAUGGAGCAAAUACGAAGAAUUAUGCGCCCUACCGAUGUUCCCGAUCAAGGCCUUUUGUGUGAUUUGUUGUGGUCUGAUCCCGAUAAGGACACCAUGGGAUGGGGAGAAAAUGAUCGCGGUGUUAGCUUUACAUUUGGCGCAGAAGUUGUUGGCAAAUUUUUACAGAAACACGAAUUCGAUCUGAUCUGUCGCGCUCAUCAAGUGGUUGAAGACGGUUAUGAGUUCUUUGCCAAACGACAAUUGGUGACUUUAUUCUCUGCACCCAAUUAUUGUGGAGAGUUUGACAAUGCAGGCGCCAUGAUGUCAGUUGACGACACUCUGAUGUGCUCCUUCCAGAUCCUGAAGCCAGCCGAUAAGCGUAAAAAAUAAACUUACUACGAAGAUAAAUAUAUGCGUCAAAAUACUUCCCUCUUCCCCUUUUAUGUACAUCUGCAUCAUAUAAAAACAAACAUCCUUAAAUUGUCCAAAAGCAUGUUCUCGUCUCUAUAAUACAAAUAAUUAAACCGUUGAUUUAUUCA